GGGGCGGCGCGGGGGCCGGGCCGGGCGGGGCGGGAUCCGGGCCCUGCGCGCCGCGGCGGCGGGAGCCCCCAGCCCGAGCCCGAGCCCGAGCCCCGCCGGGAGCGCCGGGCCGGGCCUGCCCGCCGAGCGCUGCGCUGCGCUCCGCUGCGCUGCCCGCCCCGCGCCGCUCCGCCCGGGCCGCAGGCCGCUCCCCGCGCCGCGCCGCUCCUCCCGCCGGGCCGCGCCGCGCCGGGCGAUGAGGAGCUGCUUCUGCCUGCGCCGGGGGAGCCGCGACCCGCCGCCCGCCGCACGGGCAACAGGCCCAGACUUGCUCUCUUUUAUUGCCUGCAGCACGAUGUUUGUUCAGACUGGGCAUUGUGAAGUGUAAACCCAGGUCCCACUGGCACCAGUACUCACCUCUGCCUUUUCUAGAAGCAGAUCAGCCCGCCAUGCCCGAGGUGCGGGAGCUGAGCGAUGCCCUGCCCGAGCUGCCCAUGGACCCCAUCACCGGCGUCGGCGUGCUGGCGUCCCGCGGCCGUGCUCCCACCGGAUACGAUGUCGUUGCACAAACAGCAGAUGGCUUGGAUGCUGACCUGUGGAAAGAUGGCUUAUUUAAAUCCAAGGUCACACGGUACCUGUGCUUCACCAGAUCAUUUUCCAAAGAAAAUAGUCAUUUAGGCAAUGUCUUGGUGGAUAUGAAGCUCAUUGAUAUCAAGGACACUUUACCUGUAGGCUUCAUGCCCAUCCAGGAGACCAUUGAUACACAAGAAGUAGCUUUCAGGAAGAAGAGGCUGUGCAUUAAAUUCAUUCCCCGGGAUUCUACAGAGGCAGCGAUCUGCGAUAUCCGGAUCCUGGGCAGGUCUAAGCAAGCCCCUCCUCAGUACACCUUCAUAGGGGAGCUGAACAGCAUGGGGAUCUGGUACCGCAUGGGCAGGGUCCCGCGCAAUCACGACUCGGCGCCGCCCGCGGCCACUCCCGCCCCAGCACCAGCUCCAGCCCCUGCUCCCAACUUGCCAAGGCACAUCUCGCUGACACUGCCAGCCAGCUUUCGGGGCAAGGGCCACAGCAGCCGCCUGGACUUGGAGCACCAGCACUCCAACCUGUAUGCCAUCUCAGCAAUGGAUGGAGUGCCUUUUAUGAUUUCGGAGAAGUUUGCCUGUGCUCCUGAAGGGAUGCAGCCAGUUGAUCUCUUGGGUAUCACAAUCAAAACCCUUGCAGAAAUUGAAAAGGAGUACGACUACAGCUUCCGGACGGAGCAGAGCGCGGCCGCCCGCCUGCCGCCCAGCCCCACCCGCUGCCCGCCCGUGCCAGUGCCGCCGUCCUGAGGGGCACGGCUGGAGCGUGUGUGUGUGUGUGCACUGCUGAGCAGGACUGGGACACGGGGACACGGCCACAGAACCGUCCAUGGAACCAUCCACCGUGGAACAUCCACCACCGAACCAUCCAUGGACCAUCCACCACGGAGCAUCCACCACUGAACCAUCCAUGGACCAUCCACCACGGAACACCCACCAUGGAACAUCCACUAUGGAACAUCCACCACCGAACCAUCCAUGAACCAUCCACCAUGUAACAUCCACCAUGGAACAUCCAUCACGGAGCAUCCACCAUGGAACAUCCACCAUGAACCAUCCACCACAGAACCAUCCACCAUGGAACAUCACCACAGAACCAUCCUUGGAACAUCCACCACAGAGCCAUCCCCGGGCUCGGCUGUGUCCCCCCAGCCCUGCGCUGCACCACCCCUGCACACACCACAACCCCUGCACAGCCUCCCCCUCCCCUCCCACGUGAGUACAGCACUGGGAGCCUGAGCAGCCCCUCAUCCCCACUGGUUUCCCUGCUGCAGGACAGUCACAGCGUGCAGAGCUGCACAAACAGCCGGGAGCUCACGGACACUGCUGAGCCCUGAGAGGAGCAGUGCAAGGCACGGCUGGCAUGCCACUCCAGCUGCCCUGGGCACUGCCACACCAGCUGCCUGCAGCUGCUUGGCUCUCCACACCCUGCAGCAGGAGGCUCCUGUGGCACUCAGUCCUGUGCAGAACUCGGCUGCAGUGAAUGCCAGUCCCUCUGCCAAGGUCUGGGCACAGAAGUCCCGCUGUGGCUGGCAUCAGUCUCAGAUCCGCUGUGGUCACUGGAUUUGCUGUGGGCUGGGGCAGCCAGGCCCCCCUGACCCCAGCCAAGCUGCCUGUGGACCUGCUGACACUUGGGAUCCAUCACCUGCCCAUCACUGAGACUCUUCUCUAACAUGUUCCCCGCUCGCUGCUAAAACAAGAGAGAUGUGCCUGUUUCCUGGCAUUCAUGGGGAAGCACUGAACACUGACAUGGCACAGGAUGAGCGUGGGGUUCAGGAAACCCUGACCUCUGCCUGCCUGUGAUUCCUGACUGGGCUGGCUCCCUAGCCCAACGCAUGUCUUGGAGAAGUCCAUUGCUGUAAUAAGUUAUUUUCAAGUGCCCAUCUGACUCUGCUGCUCUUUCAAGUCUCUGCUGUAGAACAAAGAUACAUCAUGGCAGCGAAAUGGCAGUUUUGGAGUGAGAGUUAAAACGUACAGUUUUUUAUAUUGUAAAAUACUGAUUCCCUGACUCCAUUGAAAUGAAAAUUGCUAUGGUAACAGUAACAGUGUUGUUGCUCGCAGCCUGGGUUGUACAUGUGCCCCAGCCCACUUUGCACUCCCUUGGAUUGAUCUGGCAUUUUCUAUUUGCACAGAGUGGUAACUAACAGCAGUUUUUGUACUGUCAGCUAAUAUUUUUUAUUUGUACAUAAGUAAACUAAUUCUUGUCCAAAGAUUCAUUUCUGGUUUUAAGGCACCAUAGUGUACUGCUGGGAUAAAGAGCACAAAAUACCGUGACAUUCGGGACAAACUGAGUCCAGAUCUUUGCUUCAGUUUCUUCCAAUCAGGUAAAUAAUUUUCUGGAGCUGCCUCUGUAGAAGGGUUGGAGAGCAGAGGCCAAUUUGGUUGCAUGUGUGUUGUUUUUGGACAAAAGAGUUAAAGCUGUGCACCAGCUCUGGAGCCCUUGGGUGACCCCCUGGAACUGCUCGUUCACUUGGAGCUUGCACCACCAUUUUUAGUUGUUAUUUAUCCUGCAGUAAAGAAAAGCCAGAGCUCACUGCCAGGCUUCACAAAGGGCAGAUUGAUGAUGCCGACACCGACAAAUGAACAUACCAUGGCAGCUUGGUCAUUCGGCUCAGGUUCACUUCAAGUUCAAAUCCACUCUGUGCCGUAGCGCUGUGCCCAUGUCAUCCAUCUUUUGCCUUUCUAUUUUUCUGCUUGUAAUUUGUUCUGUAGUUUUCUGUGACAUCCAUUUAUAGCUUCUCCUGUGGCUCAGUGGCCACGGCAGGUAGGCAGGAGCCAUCUGCAGCAGUGGCUUUGGGGUGAGAGCUGACCUUCCCUGCUCGUGGCGGAGCAGCCAGGGCUGCAGACUGGCACAGGGCACAGCACAGUCUGCAGAGCUCCAGGGGCAGUGCCUGACACUGGGACAGGGACAGACAGCUGCCAGGAGCCCUGCUGGAGCCCCCUGCUCGAGCCACCCUUCCCAUAAGGGCAGGGUUGCCUGCACAUUGGAUGGGGCUCAGCAGGAGCAGAUUCUGAGAGCCAGCAAGUCCCAGGCUCAGUGCCACACUCUCUGGCUGUGUCUGGGGAAAUGGGUGCAGAGCUUCGAGCCCCUCAUGUAAGAGAAAAUCAGUGCUUUAAUAUUUACACCCUCUGCGAGGUUUGCUCAGCCUUCUCAGAGGUGAGGAGCUCAGCUUGCUGUGCAGUGCCCUGCAGGAAACACUGGAUACUUGAAACACUGGCAGGAUACAUGGCUGGGACAGGAUAUAUUUGUAUACACAUCUUCAGGAUAUAUUUGUAUACUUACUUCUCCCUCUCUAACACUGGGCCAGCAAAGCUGCUUCAGGACUCACCUGCAAACCUUGAGAGAUGAGUUUGCUCUCCAUGCAGUGGUCCUGCACCGUGCAGGGACAGCCUGUUCCAAAUGCACAAAGGACAGAUGCAGUUCCUGUGGGGCAGACACAAUGAAGGUGUUUUGAACAAAAAGCUGCACCUGCUGAGAGCCAGCUGAGCUCUCAGCCCUGCUAACCACAGGCUGGAAAACUAGAUGAUUCCAAAAGGGAGAGGUUCAGAGCCAGUGGUGGAAAGCACAGUGAGACACAGUGCAGGGUGGUUGGCUAUGUCAACUUCUCAGCCCACUGAUCAGAGGAAGCUUUUUUUAUUGCACUGCUGAAUUCCUGAGACCAGGGGUGUCAGGUCAGCAUUUCCACAGGAAGCUUUUAUUGGCUGUUCCAUAACUUUUGUACUCAUGGCAGCUCGUUGCAAGGCUGGUCCUUGCAUCCUUACAGUGCUGGCAUGUGCAUGGCCAGUGCCAGCAUCUCUGCAUCUUCCUCCCUGACCAAGAUGUGACAAGACAUGACGAGACAUGGAAGAAUUGGCUCAGGCAGUAAAUGUUCAGGGAGUCUGGUGUGGAUGUUGUCUGGCUGUGCAGAAGCCUUCUGGAGCAUAAGGGGAGGGGAGGAGUCAGUGGAAAGCAACAGAAGUGAAUUUGCAGAGCUUUACCAGCUGUUCUUGGCUACCUUGCCUGAAUUUGUAGAACAAAACUGGUCUCUGGGUAGUUUAAUCUUGUGGCUGAUGGAGAAGUUAGUUUGCCAAAUUAUUAUACAUCUGCAACAGAGACAGAAAAGCAGCAGUGAGGGGUUUGCUUACUGUAAAAUAUGCCUUCUGAUGUGAGUUCAUAGUGACACGCUGCCUCCUGCGUUCCUCAUGGCAAGAAGCUGGUCAUGUGCCAAGGUCACUCGUGGCCACCCAGGCCAGGCUGUGCUGUCUGCUGUGUUGGUCAUGGAAAGGCAAGAAGUUAGUCCAGAAAGUGAUGUAGAGUGUGAACUUUGUGAUAAAAUUCAAGUGUGAAUAGUUGUAGCAGGUGUCCUCCCUUGUAGGAGCACCUCAUUUCUGUAGUUCCAUAGGGUAAACUGUGUCAGACUGUUCCUGUGACUGUCCCUGCGUGUCCCCACGGUGUUUGUUGGAGGUUUCCUGGGAGUUCCUGUGCACUGGGAGGUUGUUGGAGUCUGUAACAUUGGGCUUGUUUGGUUUCACACCCACCUGUGCCCCUCAGUGUCCUGAGCUCUCCAGACUGACCCCAGCUGCUGCCCAGCCUGAAGAAUUCCCCUGGUGGGCACUGCACGUGCCAGGUAGGUGCCUGUGGCAAGGGCAUGCCUCACGGGCCUUGGCACCCCCUCUUUGAAAUCUCCUGGAGGAGGGGAGAUGGGAUGGAGCUGGCUGGUCCCCCCUUGGCCUUCACCUCCCCCUGCUCCCCAGGUGAUGCUGGCUGUGUCCCCCAGGUGUGCCCACAGCUGCUCUGCCAUGGCAGCUCCAGAGCUGCUGCUGCUCCUCCCAAAGCUCAGUGCAUGCAAACAAUUACCUCAGCCUUGGAGCCUUGAACAGCCUGGGGAUCCCCCAGCAGCAGGACAGGCUGAGGGUCACCCAGCCUGGGUGCUGUGAGGGUCCCCCCAGCCUGGGUGCUGGUCAGGGUCACCCCAGCCUGGGUGCUGUGAGGGUCCCCCCAGCCUGGGUGCUGUGAGCGUCACCCCAGCCUUGUCCCCAGGCUGUGGGACAGCAGCAGGCACACCUGCUCCUCUGCUCACCACCAGCUCACUGAGGUGCUGCCCAGCUCAUCCACCACAGGGAAACCAAACACUUGGGAUAUUCCGCUUGUUUGUUGUGAAAUUGUUUCCUGACAGCAACAGAUUUAAAUGUCAUCCUACAAAUGGCAGAGAGAAACCUUUUAUGUAGUUGCAAAGUGGUUUUCUAAGAUGGUUGGGUUACUGAAAGUGAUUUUACUGUGCAUUAAUCUUAUGAAUGUUACUAUGUUUUAUAUUUAUUUUAGAUGACCCUCCUGUAUUUUACAAAGGGAAGUUUCAUUGUGUGAUAACUCAGUCUGUAUUCUUAAUAUAAUUUGUUAAAUGAAACUUGUUUUAAUCAGAUAA